UUUCUAUAUGAUAUGUAUGUAACAAGAUCUGAAAAACGUUUGGGAGAGGAGGACAACUUAUACAAAAUAAAAUAUUCUUAUAAUUUUCUAUAUGAUAUGUACAUAAAUCACAGAGGUAUUUGAAAACCUAGGAAGGUGGGGGAACCAUCUAAAUGUACCCUUUGGACAAAUAGAGGAAAUGCAUGCAAUUUGUCUCGUGAGUAGAGAAAUGGAUUACAAAUAUCAUCCACCCAUAAGUCUUUGUAGGUGAGAUCAAUGGUGAUCCUGGUGACUGUCUAACCAGGAAUGCUGGGAAUUUGAAGUGUCAAACAUGUUCACAUUAGGGAUUAAUUAUAUAUUACCAUGUCAGUGAUUUGGUGUCCCAUCAUUCUCUUUUCAAUGUUUUCUCUCUAACAACCAGCUACAUUUUGUUCUGUGUGCUCUCCUAUUGAGCUUGUUCUGAGAAUGUGUUUGCACAGGUUUACUGGCAAUUUAGAUUUGUGCGGUCAGAAAAUACAAAAGCCAUGUCAUUUGGUGUCCCAUCAUUCUCUUUUCAAUGUUUUCUCUCUAACAACCAGCUACAUUUUGUUCUGUGUGCUCUCCUAUUGAGCUUGUUCUGAGAAUGUGUUUGCACAGGUUUACUGGCAAUUUAGAUUUGUGCGGCCAGCAAAUACAAAAGCCAUGUCAGAGUUCCUUGGGAUUCCCAGCUGUGCUACCACAUGAAGAAGUUACUGCAGACCUUACUAAACGAUCUUCUCAUUACAUGAGUGGAGUUCUGAUUGGUGCAAUGUCCACAAUGGGUCUUGUGCUUAUUGUGCUUCUCGUUUUCCUCUGGAUUUGUUUACUAUCAAAGAAGGAAAGAGCUGCCAAGAAAUAUAAAGAAGUCAAGAAGCAAGUUGAUCAAGAUUCAAGUGCCAAGCUUGUCACAUUCCAUGGCAAUCUUCCUUAUGCCUCAUAUGAAAUCAUAGAAAAGAUCGAGACACUUGGUGAAGAGGAUGUGGUAGGAUCAGGGGGAUUUGGAACCGUAUACAAGAUGGUUAUGAACAAUUGUAGUGCAUUUGCUGUUAAAAGAAUUGAUCGUAGUCGUGAAGGAUGUGAUCAAGUUUUUGAGAGGGAACUCGAGAUUUUGGGUACCAUCAAGCAUAUAAAUCUUGUAAACCUGCGAGGUUACUGCAGGCUUCCCACUGCCAAACUUCUCAUAUAUGAUUAUUUGGCCUUGGGCAGCUUAGAUCACCUCCUCCAUGAGCAUGGUGGACAGCCCCUGAACUGGAAUAUUCGCUUACGAAUAGCCCUUGGUUCAGCUAGGGGAUUGGCAUACUUACACCAUGACUGCUGCCCACCAAUCGUGCACCGUGACAUAAAAUCCAGCAAUAUUCUACUUGAUCAAAAUCUCGAACCUCAUGUUUCUGACUUUGGUCUUGCCAAGCUCUUGGUAGAUGAGGAUGCCCAUGUGACUACUGUGGUUGCUGGCACUUUUGGUUAUUUGGCACCAGAAUAUCUGAAUAGUGGACAAGUCACUGAGAAGUCAGAUGUGUACAGCUUUGGAGUUCUCUUGUUAGAGCUUGUCACUGGGAAGAGGCCUACUGAUCAAUCUUUUGUUAAGAAGGGCUUGAAUGUCGUUGGUUGGAUGAAUACAAUGAUCAGAGAAAAACGAUUGGCCGACAUAGUGGAUAGAAGGUGCAUUGAUGCAGACGUAGAGACUGUUCAAGUGGUCCUUGAUAUUGCCACAAAGUGCACUGAUGCAAAUCCAGAUGAUCGCCCUUCAAUGAAACAUGUCUUGCAGAUGCUAGAGGAAGAGAUCAUGUCACCUUGCCCUAGUGAGUUCUAUGAGUCACAAUCAGACUGCUAUUAGUGGGAAUAUGAUUUCUGUUUUUGGAAUGAGGCUAUCUCAUCCAUUUUUGAGGGUUGUGCCUCUUUCUCUGAGGCUUUGUAUAGUUAUUGCAUUAUAGGGACUGUCUAUAUGACACCUCUAUUAUUGUAUUCAUAAUUUGAUAAUUUCUUUUAAUUGCCCUUUGUCAUCGGUGAAUAAAAAAAAGGAUUUCAUAAUUAA